UAUAAUGAGACCUUAAAAUUUUCCUACAAGGCGUCUACUCUUCCCCACGAGCCUGAUCUCAGAGGGAUUUUGGGAGGGACGGUGAGGAGAAGGGGCAUGGAAUUCAGUCUCUGCCCAUUUGUGGAAUUUCGGUCUAAGGAACAUGGUUUUAUUCUGGGGGCAGCUCAGUCUUCCUGAUUCCUGCCCUCUCCAUAACAUGCGGGUGCACAAGGCUGUGUGGAUGAGCUGUCCCUGGGCCCUCCACCUCUUACUGAGUCCCCAUGUGAAGUGGCUGGUCUGGCCUGGUCCCUGAACUGGGAACUGCUAAGGACGGUAGAUCCUGUCUAGGGCUGGGGCCCCAUGCUGUCACCCACUGUUCGAGCCUGUGCCUCUGUUCCUUGCCUCUGACCGCAGAUCCACCUCUACUGUGGCUUCUUUGUUCUUCCUUGAGCUUCUACUGGUUCUCUGGUCUUAGAUCACUCAUGGCCCCGCCCCAGGGUGUGAAGACUUCCUGAUCCCUGGCCCAAGAAUCUGCCUGUGACCCAUGCUGCCAUGUGGACAUGGGCCCUCCCUGGUCUUCCAGAUGGAGUAGGAGGCAAAUCCUCCCCUGUUUCCAGCUUUCCUCUGAACACAGCUAAUCUGUGUCCGUGCUGAUGUUUCUACCUGGAGAUGGGACACAGGCACUGGGCACAGACAGCCUCACGCACAGAGCAGCCCCCAAACCCAGGCUGUCAUGAAACUGUCAAGGAGGACCCUUGUGAGAACAAAGAGGGCAAACCGGCUGUGAGCACCACCCGGAUACAAGUUGUUACUCCUUGUAUGACGUUCAGUUGGAAAAGGUUGCAGGGGAUGCCCUCGCUGGCACUGUGAGGCAUCUGUGAAGUAGGAGUGGGUUGCGACAAGGACCGGAAAUGGAAAGUGAUGAAGCUGGAGCCCCGGAAGAACCGGAAAUGAGGCCAGUCAAUCAGGCAGACAUGAAUGAAGAAAGUCCAUCAUUACAGGUUCUAUCCAGCCAUGUGACACUCCUAGUCCCAGCACACACCCAGGAGGCCUUUGUCCAUGAGGUCAGCAACGUUCAACACACACCUGCGGAGCGGUCUGAAGUCCUACAGGCCAUGGACACACUCCCACCUGAGCAGGGCAGUGACACCCUCAGCUCCCCAGCCCAAACUAUCCCCCCCAAGCAGGCUGACACCCCCAAUUCCCCAACCCAAACCGUUCUGCCCGAUCAGGCUGACACCCUCAAUUUCCCAGAAGAAACCAUCCCACCAAAAGAGGGUGACAUUCUCAAUUUCCCAGCCAAAAUCAUUCCACCCAAGCAGGCUGACACCCCCAACUCCCCAGCCGAAAUCAUUUCACCAAAGCAGGGUGACACCCCCAGUUCCCCACUCAAAACCAUCCUGUGCAAGCAGGCUGACAUCCCCAAUUCCUCAGAAAAAAAUACCUCGCCCAAGCAGGGCAAUACCCCCAAUUUUCCAGCAAAAUUCAUUUUGCCCGGGCAGGGCCACACCCACAAGCUCUCAGCCAUUCUAUCCAAGCUGUGUGACACCCUAAAGUUCUCAGCCAAAACCGUUCUGCCCAAGGAGGGUGAUGCCCCCAAGUCCUCAGCCGAAACCGUUCUGCCCAAGGAGGGUGACACCCCCAAGUCCUUAGAAGACACCAUCCAGCCAAUAGAAGGCAACCUGCAGUCAGCAGAUGAAGCCAUGGAGGUCCUGGAGGAGGACCUGGUGAAGGUGAUCCUGAGCAAGGAAGACUUCGAGGUGGCGCUGAAGGAAGCUGGGGAGAGACUGGUGGCUGUGGACUUCUCGGCCAUGUGGUGCAGGCCUUGCAGGUCAAUCAAGCCCCUUUUCCGGUCCCUGUCCAUGAAGCACAAGGAUGUGGUGUUCCUGGAAGUGGACGCUGAUGAGUGUGAGGGGCUGGCGAAAGACUGCAAUAUCGUUUGCGUCCCAACCUUUCAGUUUUAUAAAAAAGAAGAAAAGGUGGGCGAAUUUUCUGGUGCCCUUAAGGAAAAACUCGAGACAUUCAUUACAGCAUUAAAGUGAUUGUGUGUUCCAAAAGCAUUAGGAACAGUCGGCUGUUCAUAGCUUGUGAUUUUUUAUUUACAAAAAAAGAUGAGGGGUAACAAAAGUGUGUGUCCAAGUGGCACCUGCAUGUGCAUCAGAAACAGUAGCUCAACCCUUUCCAAAAAGCAGUCAAAGCCCUAACGCCUAUUGUGACUGUGUUCUUGUUGAUGGGACAGUGUUGAUAUUAGAAUUUCCUUUGGUGGAGAUAUUGGAAGUCCAGUUGUCCCCUAUUUUUAAUCUUGAUUUUUUUUUUUCACUCACUCUUGAAAAUUCAGCUCGUGUAAUCCUAGUGGCAACGCUGGAAAUUUAGACAGUUUUUCUGUAGAAGGACAUGUUUUAAUGAUGAGUGGAAAUUUCUGAUGUUCACAUACCUUUGGGAUAUCUGAUAAGAAAGUAAAGAAUUUGAAGGAUUCACAUACGUCUAACCUCCUUCAUGUGCGGGAAGUGCUAUGGAGGCCUCAGGAAAUGUCACGGGCUCCACAAACAUCUAGGGGAUUCUUUGGUAUCAGAGCUGAGACCAAGGCCAUGUUUCCAGAUUUCAAGUUCAGGCUUCUUUCUACUGAUCCAGGCUCACAAAAAAGCUCAAAGCUUCUGGUUUUCUCAGACCAAGAGAUUUAUGGUUCAAGUUUACAUUAGUGUGAUCCUUGGUGCCAUUAUGACAUCAGCAACCUAGUAGCAGAGUUCCUGCUUUGUCAUCCCGGUAACUGGGUUUCUGAUACCUGUUCUCAGAUGUCUCAGAGUGUGUGUGUGUGUAUACACAUAUAUAUUGCGCAUAUAUGCAUAUAUUUAAUAUAUACAAUUUGGUGAGUUUGGACAUAUGCAUACACACGUGAUACCAUCACCACCAUUGAGGUAAUAAACCUACCCAUCAUCUGUUUCCACAACUUUCCCUGUGUGUCCCUUUCCUUGGUGUGUGUGUGUUAAGAACACUUUGCAUGAGAUCUACCCUCUUACCACAUUUUAAGUGUACUAUAGCGUAUCAACUACAGACACUGUGCUGUCCAGAGAAUCUCUAG